AUGCGGAGCCAGGUUUUGCUGGUUGCCUCAGUUUUGCUUGUCGCUUGGUUGCCGCUGUGGCUCGUCUCGGAGCUGUCGUAUGCUUGGGCUGCAGUCCCGAUCGUGGGGCCUGAGGGUUUGUCGGGCGGUGCGCGUCCUGUAAUUAACUGUGGGAUGUUUCAGUGGUGUGUCGGAGAUGGUGCUGCUCGUCGUAAGUGUUGUGCUGUUGCUGGCGACGGUCGCUCUGCUGCUGGUCACGGUGCUGGCUGGCAUCAACAGCUUCUCGGCAUUGUUGCGUGUCUUCAGUGA